UAUAAUCUAAAACUUGUUUUCUGUAUUCGUAUUUAAGUUCUGCUGUUUGUCGUUUGCUUCGGCCUGCAGUAGUCGGAGCAGUUCAACAUAUCUCGAAAAGUAUUCCACUCGAAGUGUUAUUGCAUUAACAUCUGUUGUCAUGGUACUUCGUUAUGUCUGCUGUAUGUAGUUUAGUCAAGACAACCUUUCAGUAACUCCUCAUGACAAGUCUCAAGAUGGCACCACCUCAGCCUGCAGGCUCAAGUGACCCACUGACUCAAAUGAACAAGUACCGAUCUUAUGUAACCAUCUUAGCAGAUUCUAGUGCCAAGGAUGAAAUAAAAGUGAAGGCUGCACAAGAACUCAGUGAAAAUUUUGAGGUCAUAAUAAAAUCUGCACAGUAUCCAACAUUCUUGGAUCAUUUUAUGAAAAUAUUCCUCAAAAUUCUUCAGGAAGGAGAACCUCACUUCAUAGCUGAGUACAAUAUCCAGCAAGUACGCAAGUUGAUUCUGGAAAUGAUCCCACGCCUCCCAACCAACGACUUGCUGCGUCCAUAUGUGAAGCCAAUCCUGUCACUCAUGCUGAAGCUUCUGCAGAUAGACAAUGAAGAGAAUGUUCAAGUGUGUGUCAGGAUAAUCAUCGAGCUGCAUAAGCAAUACCGUCCAGCGUUCAAUCCAGAGAUCCAGCACUUGAUGCAGUUUGUGAGGACGGUUUACCAGGAAUUACCAAAUCACAUGACAAAGAUCUUCGAGCCUCGACCAACACUGAGAGUGAAAGAUCUCUCUGAGAUCAACAUAGAAUCCUUGUUAACUGAGACAUACACAAUCACGACCAUUCAGAGUGAGAAGAAAACGGCCGAUGGCACCAUGAUAUCAUACAACCUGAUCCCAAAAGGGGUGUUGUCACUCAAGGUUCUACAGGAGUUGCCCAUCAUGGUAGUGCUCAUGUUUCAAAUGUACAAACAAAAUGUGCAGCAGGAUGUGAUCGACUACAUUCCCCUUGUCAUGACCACGAUCACGCUCCAGCCGACACCUCAACAAAGGGCAAACCCAGCGUUCAACAAAGAGGUGUUUGUGGACUUAAUGGCAGCACAGAUCAAGACCCUGUCGUUCCUGGCAUACAUCGUGCGCAUGUACCAGGAGAUGGUGGCACAGCACUCAAGCCUCAUGGUGAAGGGGCUGCUGGGUAUGCUGACAAUCUGCCCCAUGGAGGUGACACAUCUGCGCAAGGAGCUCCUCAUUGCUUCCCGGCAUAUUCUUGCGACUGACCUGCGUGUUAAGUUUGUUCCUUACAUGGAGCGGCUGUUUGACGAGAAUGUGCUUCUGGGGAAGGGUUGGACCACGCAUGAGUCCCUGCGUCCCCUGGCAUACAGCACACUUGCUGACCUGGUGCAUCAUGUGAGACAGCACCUGCCAUUCUGUGACCUUGCCCGUGCUGUUCAUCUCUUCUCCAAGAACGUCCAUGAUGAGACAUUGCCAACAAGCAUCCAGACCAUGUCCUGCAAGCUGUUGCUUAACCUGGUGGAGUGUAUCAGGGCCCGCAGCGAGGAAGAGAAGGGGCAGGGACGUGAGCUGCUAAUGAGGAUGCUGGAGGUGUUUGUUAUCAAGUUCAAGACCAUUGCCAAGCUGCAACUGCCUAUCCUCAUGUCCAGGAUAACUCACAAGCCCCUGAUAUCACCAACUGCAGGUGUGACAGUUGGCACUGCACCAGGUGGAACACCAGCCCCAGUCACCCCUGUGGUGGGCACUCCCACAACCCCUACAACUCCUGUCGUAAGUGGGGUGGACCAAGUUAAGACUGAGGAUACCAAGCAGCCACCACAUGCUCACACCAUAGCAGAUGGGGGCCCACUCCCAGUGAAAGAAGAGAGGGAUAAAUCACGUUUCGGCUUCCCCACCUCACAGGCUGGAAACUACAGUGUGACAGAUUGUCGCGGUCUUGUCAAGACGCUUGUUUGUGGUGUGAAGACCAUCACGUGGGGCUGUGCCUCGUGCAAGAACAGCACUGGCGAUGCAGGUAUUCAGAGCAAGCAGUUUCAGCCCAAGGAGACACUUGUGUUUAUCCGACUUGUGAAGUGGGCUAUGCAGGCUCUGGACAUCUACACUCUUAGCGCGACUCCUCUCGCUCCGGGCACCGUGCUAGCGGGUGGACAGAGGACCCAGUCACCACAAACUGUGCGAACUAAGGAGGAGAAGGAGGUGCUGGAACACUUUGCUGGAGUUUUCUCAAUGAUGAACCCACAGACUUUCCAGGAGAUAUUUUCCACUACAGUUGACUAUAUGGUCGAUCGUAUCUAUCGCAACUUUGCGCUGCAGAUAGUUGGCAACUCAUUCCUCUCAAAUCCAACAACAUCUCCUAUCUUUGCUACGGUGUUGGUAGAAUAUCUGCUGGAACGGAUGGAAGAAAUGGGAAGUAAUGUGGAACGCAGUAACCUGUACUUGAAACUGUUCAAACUGGUGUUUGGAAGUGUGAGCUUGUUCCCAGCUGAGAAUGAGCACAUGCUUCGACCACACCUGCACCAGAUUGUUAACAGGUCUAUGGAACUGGCGAUGACUGCCAAGGAACCAUACAACUACUUCCUGUUGCUGCGCGCACUGUUCCGCUCUAUCGGUGGAGGAAGCCAUGACCUGCUGUACCAGGAGUUCCUUCCACUCUUGCCCAGCCUUCUGCAAGGCCUCAACAGCCUGCAGAGUGGCUUGCACAAGCAGCACAUGAAGGAUCUGUUUGUGGAGCUCUGCCUGACAGUUCCCGUUCGACUGAGCUCUCUUCUGCCAUACCUGCCGAUGCUCAUGGACCCACUGGUAUCUGCCCUGAAUGGCUCCUCCACCCUCAUCAGCCAGGGUCUUCGUACUCUGGAGUUGUGUGUGGACAACCUGCAACCUGAUUUUUUAUAUGAGCAUAUUCAACCUGUACGAGCAGAUCUGAUGCAAGCGUUGUGGCGCACUGUGCACAAUCCAACUGACCAGGUGGCACACGUAGCAUUCAGGGUCCUGGGAAAAUUUGGUGGGGGCAACCGGAAGAUGAUGAUUGAGCCCCAGAAACUUGAGUACAAUGACAGGGAGACGCCUGGUCCUGCGAUAAUUGCAUAUUUUCAGGAGCACUCUAGACCCAUAGACUUUCCUGUGGAGAAGGUCGUGGAGACAGCAUUUAGUGCUCUGAAGUCAAGCACGACGGAUCCGUUCUACCGUCGUCAGUGCUGGGAAGUAAUUCGCUGUUUCUUGGUGGCAUCCCUGAAUCUUAAUGAUGAUAAGAAUACAGUGCAGCAGCUUUUCUCCUGUCCAAGUUUUGAUGAUCCACAUGUGAAGAUCUCCCCAAUCCAUGGGAUUCCCUACAGACUGCAGGACAAGCAAGCCAGAGCCACUCACCAGAUGGCAGUCACAGGAAUGUUUGUUGCUGCAGCCAUAAAAGAGUUACGACAGUGUGUUUUGCCAACUAUGGUGUUCCUUGUUAGUCACUACACAAUGGUGGCGAUAUCACAGCAAGCUGGUCCUUUCUCCAUGACAUCAAAACAGGCGAACCUGAAGGGCAUGGACCCACUGGUGCUUAUAGACUCCCUCGCUGUCAUAAUGGGGCAUGAGGAGAAGGAGCUGUGUAAGCCGGGACACCUGGCACUCGUUCUUGUCUUGGAGACAGCGAUCAACAUCCUCGGCUCCAAACAGAAGGCAUGCCAACUGCCCCUGAUGGAGUAUCUGGCAGAGCGCAUGUGUUCACUGUGCUAUGAGCGAGCCUGGUACGCUAAGCUGGGUGGCUGCAUUGCCAUAAAGUUCCUGGUUGAGCGCAUGGCAAUGCGGUGGGUACAUGAACAUCUGUUCCUGUUUCUCACUGCCCUGCUGUUCGUCAUGAUGGAUCUCACUGGAGAGGUUUCAAGUGGUGCUAUUGACAUGGCGAAGGCAAACCUGGAAAAGAUGCUCACUAGUUGUGCUGCUCCAGUUGAGAGAGAUGGAACUAAUGAUGAUGUGGUGAAUGCACAGCAGAAGAGUCUCUUUGAAGUGACACAUGAGCUUGUGCGGCAAGUUACCAGCCCUAAUAGUCUCGUCAGAGAGCAGGCGAUGCGUUCUCUGGAGGUCCUGGCACGUAUCCAGAACAAAACAGUGACUGAGGUAAUGGAGCCACACAAAGAGGUCCUCCAAGACAUGAUACCACCCAAAAAACACCUCUUGCGCCACCAGCCAGCCAACGCACAGAUUGGCAUCAUGGAUGGCAACACUUUCUGUACCACGCUGGAGCCACGACUCUUCACUAUCGACCUGACCAUCAUAGAGCACAAGGUGUUUUUCCAUGAACUGUUGUCCCUGUGUGAGACAGAGGACGCUGUCCUCAACAAGCUACCGUGUUACAAGUCGGUGACAAAUCUUGUCCCUUUGCGUAAGUCUGCGCUUCAGGCUCUCGCUGCCUGCCACUACAUCCAGUCCUGCCGAGAGAAGAUAUUCCCAGUUUUGUAUAAAGCCCUGGAGCAGUCAAACCCAGAACUUCAAGAGGCUGGCUUUGAGUGCAUGAAGAAGUUCAUUGGAGGCUUCCAAAUUGAUAUGGAAAUGGUUCACACAGUGAUGCGUCCACUGCUGAUGACACUGGGAGACUACCGCAACUUGAGCCUGAAUGGGGCAAAGCGCCUGUCAUACCUGACCCAGCUGUUUCCAUCAAGUUUUAAUGAGAAGCUUUGUGAGCAGCUGUUGCAGCACCUUAAGAAACUGUUGGAAGUUGCCAUUCUGGCCCACAAAGGCGUGUCAAAGAGUGGAGAGAAUGAGCAGAAGAUAGCGACCAUUAUCGGAAUCUUCCACCAGAUUCCUGCCGCGACGCCAAAGUUCAUCGACGUACUGUGUCGCCUGGUACUGCAGACAGAGAAGAGCCUACUGGUGGAGGCGAGUUCUCCGUUUCGGGACCCGAUGAUCAAGUUUCUUUUGCGCUUCCCACAGGAGACCAUUGACCUGUUUCUGCAUGACAACAACAUCAAGGAUCAGCAGUGGAGUCGCUGCUUGCAGUUCCUGAUGAAGCACAAGGAUGGGAAGCGCUUCCGAGAUGUUCUGCAGAACAGCAGCGCACGGCUUAUCAGCCUGGUGCUUGGGAACAGUUCUCUUCAGCCAGCUACUCUAAUAACAGUGAUACCAACCAUCAGCUUCUCAAGGAGUACUCUGAUUCAUGGUGUUAGUGGUCUCAGAGUAACAGAUCUGAUUUAUUCCGCAGUGGACAAGCGAGAGAUGCAGUACCAGAGCAUACGCAUCACGUCAUUACUUAUAAAGAUGGAUGAUCAGUGGUUGUCAUCACAACAUCAGCUUGUGAAUGCCUACAAGCAGAUCUGGUGUGAUGACCAGUAUCAGCAGGAGUUCCACAGAAAGGUGGACUGUGUGGAUUACCAGCAUUGGAAGGAACCAAAACUGAUCGUGAAGAUCCUCCUGCACUUCUUCUGCCACCACCCGAACAACAUUGACCUGCUGUUUCAACUGCUGCGUGCCUUGUGUGAAGGAUUUAUACCGGACUUCCAGUUCCUGCGGGACUUCCUGGAGAACGUGGUGGCCCAGAGCUACACCAUAGAGUGGAAGCGGUCUGCCUUCUUCCGCUUUGUCGAGCUCUUCCCAAGCCCAACGAUAUCCCAGGAACUCAAGUCAAAGAUACUGCAGAUGGUACUGAUCCCCUGCUUUGCUCAGAGCUUUGAGCGUGGGGAAGGAGAAAAGCUGGUUGGCAGCCCUGCAUCACCUGACCAAGACAAUCCAGACAAUGUGGUGUCUGUCUUCAUCAGCAAGGUGAUUGAUCCAGAAAACCCAUUUGGCAGCUCGGAUGCUGUGCGGAUUCUGUUGCUACAGUUCUCUUGCCUGCUGGUUGAGCAAGCAUCACCCCACAUCCAUGACGCAGCGAACAAACGUCAGGGCAACAAACUAAGACGCCUCAUGAUGUUUGCAUGGCCAUGUCUUCUGGUUAAGAACUGUGUGGACCCUGCUACACGCUACCAUGGCCACCUGCUGCUGUCGCACAUCAUCGCUAAGUUUGCUAUCCACAAGAGGAUUGUCCUCCAAGUUUUUCACAGUCUGCUGAAGGCACAUGCAAUUGAGGCACGCAGUGUAGUGCGGCAGGCUCUGGAGAUUCUUACUCCGUCCAUGCCAGUGCGGAUGGAGGAUGGGAACACGAUGUUGACACAUUGGACCAAGAAGAUCAUCGUAGAGGAGGGACACUCCGUACAGCAGCUGUUUCAUAUCCUGCAGCUCGUUGUCCGACACUACAAGGUUUAUUAUCCAGUGCGUCACCACUUGGUGCAGCACAUGGUGAACUCCAUCCAGAGACUCGGCUUCAGUCCCACAGGAACCAUCGAGCACCGAAAACUAGCUGUCGAGCUUUCAGAAGUGAUAGUGAAGUGGGAGUUGCAGCGAAUAAGGGAUCAGUCUGACACGCAGGACAUCGCAGCCGUCCCGUUAGGAGUAGGGGUGAAGCGGCCCUCCGUCGAUGACUCUAACCUGAACUCCGAGUCGAGGAAGCGCCAUGCAUCUGGAACUAGCUCUAACAUUGUGCCUACAGUGAUACCAAAGGUUGAGCCAGGGAGCGCAGAGCCUAUUGAAAGGGCCCAUGCAGAUACUGUUCUGAACUUUUUGUUGAGACUGGCUUGCCAGGUGAAUGAUGCUAACACAAUGGUUGGCAACCCUGGCGAGCUGCUUUCGCGCCGCUGCGUGACACUGUUGAAGACUGCGCUGAAGCUGGACGUGUGGCUUCAGCAAUGUGACCUGAAACUGAGCUGGUUUGACAAGGUGUUUGCAUCUGUUGAGUCUGGUUCACCAAACUAUGGCAACAUCUGCACUGCCCUGGAGCUCCUCACCUUCCUACUGGGGGUCAUGAAGAAGGAGCAAAUCCUGGCAAGCUGCAAGCCUCUGCAGCGAGGUAUUGCGGCCUGCAUCACCUGCUCAAACUCAAAGGUUAUCCGCCUGGUACAUGGACUGCUGUCUCGACUUAUGAGCAUAUUUCCCACCGAGCCGACCAGCUCUACUGUGGCCUCUAAGUAUGAAGAACUGGAGUGUCUGUAUGCCUGCGUUGGAAAGGUUGUGUUUGAGGGGCUUGCCAACUACGAGAAGAAUCUUAGUGCUAGCCCAUCGACACUGUUUGGCACACUGAUGAUGCUGAAGGCUGCAUGUGUAAGCAACCCCAGCUACAUCGACCGCCUCAUCACGCCGUUCAUGAGGGUGCUGCAGAGGAUGUCACGUGAGCACAUUAUGCCAACAUCAGCUCAUGAAAAUAGUCCAGUUGCCAGCGAGCUGCUAAUCCUGAGCUUGGAUCUUGUCAAGAACCGAGUUGUCGUGAUGGGGGCGGAAAUGAGGAAAACUUUCAUUGGUACUAUUCUUGUUGCAUUGAUUGAGAAGAGUCCAGAUAUAAAAGUCAUGAAGGCCAUAACCAAGAUGCUGGAGGACUGGAUGAAGAACAAGAAUCCAAUCGCAGUGAACCAAGCUCCAACGCUGAGGGAGAAGUCUAUUCUGCUAGUCAAGUUGAUGCAAUAUGUGGAGAAGAGGUUCCCUGAUGACCUGGAGCUCAACGCUCAGUUCCUUGACAUUGUCAACUACAUCUACAGAGAUGAGGCACUCAAGUGUUCGGAGCUGACAGUGAAGCUGGAACCAGCGUUUCUAGCGGGACUGCGGUGUGUGCAGCCCACCAUCAGAGCCAAGUUCUUUGAGGUGUUUGAUGCUAGCAUGAAGCGAAGGCUUCACGACCGUCUCAUGUACAUCAUCUGUUCUCAGAACUGGGAAGCCAUGGGACCACACUACUGGAUUAAGCAGUGCAUUGAGUUGCUUAUUGUCACUGCAUCACCCAACACACCAAUACAAAUGUCAUCAGAUACCAGCCUGUUACCUGGUAUCGCAUCGGUGAUAAACUUGGCCGACUCAGCAGAAAAGGACAGUUUUGUGAAUCUGUUGAAUGUGAAGGAGGAGCCGAGUGACAUUGCGGACGGAUUGGACACACAGGAUAAGGUGGAGGAUAUUGAUAUGGAUCUCCAGACUGUUGCAUCAGUGGACCAGAAAGGCGAAGAACAGCCAACAGGUCGAACCCGCAAGGCAGCUCUGGCACAUCUUAUCCUCCGCCAGUCCAAAGUGAUGGAGUCGAUCCGUACCACAAGAACUGUGCAAUUCUUGUUUGCCACAGCUCAGCUGUGUCACAUGGACACAGCACUAGCUGAGAGGGUUUGGUUAGACAUUUUCCCUCAACUCUGGAGCAUCCUAACAGAAAAACAGCAGAGUACUCUUCUGAUAGAAAUGGUGCCCUUUGUGUGCAGCGGCGCUCACGUUGUUCAGAAGGAUUGCCACCCCAGUGCUCUCAGCACCUUCAUCGAGGCUUUGUCCCACUGCAACCCUGCCAUCCCCAUCAAACCGGUCCUCAUGAAAUAUUUGGGUAAGUCACACAAUCUAUGGCACCGCAUGACGUUGAGCUUGGAACAGCUAGCGUUUGAACACGGCAACAACAGUCAGCUGAAGUCAAAGCGUGAUGUCACAGAUUGCUAUGAGUUUGAACCAGUGGUGUCACCUCAGCAGGAGAUUCUGGACUCACUCUCUGACAUGUACUCCUUGCUAUGCGAGGAGGACAUGUGGAGCGGAUUGUGGCAGAAACACGCACGCUACCGGGAGACAAAUGUGGCCAUUGCUUAUGAGCAGCAGGGCUUCUUUGAGCAGGCACAAGGAGCAUAUGAGGUGGCCAUGAGCAAAGUUCACAAUGAUUACAGUUCGGUCCCUGCCCCAGGAAGUGUACGAAGUGAACUGAGGCUGUGGGAAGAGCACUGGAUCAGAUGUUCAAAAGAGCUGAACCAGUGGGACCUUUUGCUGGACUAUGCACGUGACAAAAGUAUCAAUAACCCAUUCCUGAUACUGGACAUAGCUUGGAGAGUCCCCGACUGGAACCUAAUGAAGGAAGCAUUGAGCCAGGUGGAGACCAACUGUCCCAAGGAAAUGAUGUGGAAGGUGAACCUGUACCGUGGCUUCCUCGCAAUCUGCCACCCAGAGGACCCACACCUGUCUGUGGUGGAGCGCUAUGUGGAGCUGUCGAGUGGGCUGUGCAUGAGGGAGUGGCGCAGACUGCCACACAUCGUGUCCCACAUCCACCUGCCCUUGCUUCAGGCUGCUCAGCAGAUAAUGGAGCUUCAGGAGGCAGCGCAAAUCCACCAGGCGCUGCAGCACGGUCGCAGCAAUUCACUGCAUGACAUGAAGGCCACCAUAAAGACCUGGCGCAACCGCCUCCCCGUGAUAGCAGAUGACCUGAGCCACUGGAGUGACAUCUUUACAUGGCGACAGCAUCACUACACCUUUAUAGCAUCGCACUUCAACUCGCAGCACGACCAGACUGUCAACAGUACACUUGGUGUCCAUGCAUCUGCUCAGGCCAUCAUCCACUUCGGGAAGAUUGCGCGGAAGCACAACCUGCCAGGAGUGUGUCUUGACUCCCUGUGCCGCAUAUACACAAUUCCCAGCCUGCCAAUCGUGGACUGCUUCCAGAAGGUCCGCCAGCAGGUGAAAUGCUACCUGCAGAUGGCAGCAGUGACUGAUAAGAAUGAGCUGCAGAAGGGUUUGGAUGUGAUUGAACUGACGAAUGUCAAGUUGUUGACACGAGAGAUGACCUCUGAGAUCUAUGCCCUGAAGGGCAUGCUCCUAGCGCAGAUCGGACGCUCUGAUGACGCAAACAAAGUGUUCUCAGCAGCUGUCCAGAUGCAUGACACAUUGGUGAAGGCAUGGGCACUGUGGGGUGACUACCUUGAGCAGCUGUUCACACGAGAUGCACGUCAGAUUUCUCUUGGUACACAAGCCAUAACCUGCUUCCUCCAUGCUUGUCGCCACCAGAAUGAAUCCAAGUCCAGGAAGUACCUGGCCAAGGUUCUCUGGCUGCUCACUUAUGACGAUGAUCAAUCCACUUUGACUGAAGCAGUAGACAAGUACUCUGUGGGAGUGCCACCAAUCCAGUGGUUGCCGUGGAUACCUCAGCUGCUGACGUGUCUCGUGCGCAACGAGGGAACCCUCAUCCUCAAUCUCUUGAGUCAGGUGGGACGCAUGUUCCCUCAAGCUGUGUACUUUCCAAUCCGAACCCUGUAUCUGACACUGAAGAUAGAGCAGCGGGAGCGCUACAAGAGUGUGGACCAGACUGGAAAGCUGCCUGCAUCCAAUCAGAAGCACAGCUUGCAGCAGGUGUCAGGCAGGGGGGAAUCACAGCAGCAAGGAGACCAGUCGACGACAUCUGCACAUUCUCAUCAACCACAUGGCAGCCAGGCGGCAGGCGGGGGAGAUACAGGGCCCAUACGUGCCACUCCUUCCAUGUGGCGCUGCUCUCGAAUCAUGCACAUGCAGAGGGAUAUUCAUCCGACUGUGUUGUCCUCUCUGGAAGGUAUAGUUGACCAGAUGGUGUGGUUCCGAGAGAAUUGGUACGAGGAAGUUUCUCGGCAACUGCGGCAGGGACUUGCGAAGUGCCUUGCUAUUGCUUUUGAGAACAGAGGUGCAGUCUGCGAAGCUACCAUCACCCCUCACACACUUAACUUUGUUAAGAAGCUGAUCUCAACAUUUGGAAUUGGCAUAGAAAACAUCUCAAGUUCAGUGAGUGCGCAGUUCAGCAGUGCUGCAUCAGAGAGCCUGGCAAGCCGAGCUCGUGCGACGGUGCAGGACCCCGUGUUCCAGAUGAUGAAGGUCCAGUUCACAACUGACUUUGACUUUGCUGUGCCUGGGUCCAUGAAGCUGCAGAAUCUCAUUGUUAAGCUCCGGAAAUGGAUCCAGAUUCUGGAGACAAAAGUGAAGACAUUGCCGAAGUCCUUCUUGAUUGAAGAGAAGUGCAGGUUCCUGAGUAACUUUAGCCUCCAGACGGCUGAAGUUGAGCUGCCAGGCGAGUUCCUCCUACCCAAGCAUUCUCAUUACUAUGUGAGAAUUGCACGCUUCAUGCCACGAGUGGACAUUGUGCAGAAACACAACACAGCAGCACGACGUUUAUUCAUACGGGGUCACAAUGGAAAAAUCUAUCCAUACCUGGUGGUGAAUGACUCAGGACUGGGGGAUGCCCGGCGAGAGGAGCGUGUUCUGCAGCUACUUCGUAUGCUGAACCACUACCUUGGCAAGCAGAAGGAAACAUCACGCAGGUUCCUUCACUUCACAGUUCCACGGGUAGUGGCCGUGUCUCCACAGAUGCGUCUUAUUGAAGACAACCCUGCAUCUAUAUCGCUGCUCGAUAUAUACAGGCAAGGCUGUGCCCGUCUUGGCGUCGAACAUGAUGCCCCUGUACUUAGAUACUAUGAACGUCUUGCAGCUGUACAGUCUCGGGGCUCCCAAGCAAGUCAUCAAGUCUUGAGAGACAUCCUAAAAGAGGUUCAGUGCAAUAUGGUGCCUCGCUCAAUGCUCCGAGACUGGGCAGUAAGGACUUUUCCUGCAGCUACAGAUUACUGGAUGUUCCGCAAAACGUUCACACUUCAGCUCUCACUGUCAUGCUUUGCUGAGUAUGUCCUGCACCUCACAAGGCUGAACCCAGACAUGAUGUACAUUCACCAGGACUCUGGCCUCGUUAAUGUGUCGUACUUCAAGUUUGAUGUUGACGAUACAUCUGGUGACUUGGAUGCCAACCGCCCUGUACCAUUCAGACUGACACCCAACAUCCUGGAGUACCUGAGUACUAUUGGAAUCAGUGGGCCCCUAACAGCCAGCAUGACAGCUGCGGCUCGCUGCUUGGUGCAACCCAGCUUUAAGGUGCAGACCAUCUUGCGGGCCAUCCUGCGCGACGAGAUGAUUUCAGGGCACAGGAAGAAACAAGAUGACUGUCAGCAUGAGGCCGUGAGCUCUGCACCGACUGAAAUGGAUGGCGAGCUACUCAUCAGUAUGGUGACUCGUGCUGUUACAGCCAUCAUGUCGCGACUCAACACGCUCUCCAACUCCGAUGUACCCGAGAGCAAGGUAAGCACGCUGGUGACAGCUGCAAACAGCCAUGACAACCUGUGUCGUAUGGAUCCAGCGUGGCAUCCGUGGUUGUAAUCACAGUGCGGACUAGCAUACUGAUAUCCUCUUGAAGGUGCUGUUUGGUUGCAUGGGUAAUGAAAAUGAAUGAUCCAGUUUCUAUAAGUGUUACACUACUGUGAGUGACAAGUAAUCCAUUAAAGAAAGUUGGAAAUAAGUCUGAAGUUGAAAGAGCUAGAAACUGACAAAAUGAGGCACAUCUUGUGUAAUGGCUGAGUAAGCAGUUUGAGUCAUAUGGUUUAUUCGCAUCUGCCGAUCCCUACAGAGCAAUGCUUUUCAAAUUAAACUCAUUAAAUUUGUUAGUGACAGUUUGACAUAUUUUUUAUUUCGAAACUCACUGACUUUCUACGGUAGAAAUUUCACUUGUCAAAGUACUUUUGGUUUUAUGAGACAUUUGACAGUAUAGAAUUUGAGCUACUGACAGUGUCAUUAAAUAAACUAAAUAAGUAAAAUAAAGCAUGAGACAUUGUUAACAAGUAAAAAUAAAGAAAAACACUCAAGAAUAAACAAUUUUCACAAAAGAACAUCAGAAACCGAAUAACUUGCUAAAAUAAUAUUAAAGUAGUUGGAUUUGUUGUGUGGAUUGCAUAUUAGCUGAGACCAGCAUAGGGCUAUUGGUUGGGAAAAGGUAUCAGACAGGACAAGACCUUUGAUCCACAUUCGUUGUAAAUUGCAUGGAUCUAGGUGACAAUCGUGUCUUACGGGACUAGACAUCCUGUGACAGUGCUGUAGAGGUGUUUGCAUAUCUGCCUGUAUGUCAGCUGUGACAUAAAAUCUCCACUCCUCAGAC